AUCUUAUAUCGCACACCCCCCUCAAGCAAAGUUUACAAGUUUACUGUGCAUUUAUGUCACUGUUUAUGCCCUCCGUCUUAGGUUUUGAGCUGUGUUUACUGAGGAAUUAUCUUCUCGAUAUGUGAUCUAAUCGUUUGUUUAUCGUAGCUCUGCGUUCGUUUGCGAGAGGGGCAAGUGCCACUAAUAUAAUCUUCACUACGUGUCGACAACGCCAGAGCAGUGUUUGGUGGCACAAUGGGGAACCAGCUGGCUGGCAUCGCCCCAUCCCAGAUAUACCCGGUGGAGCACUAUCUAACAGAGUUACCCGACUUUACGUACGAGAAAAAUUUGGGAAGCACACGGUUCUUGAAGGUGGCUCGUGUGAAGCAUAAGGAGGGUUUAGCAAUUGUAAAGGUGUUUGCCAUCCACGACCCGUCACUUCCACUCGCACCCCACAAGGAAGCCCUUGAAAAAAUCAAGCAGGUCCUUGCAAAUGUUCCGAACACCCUACCCUUCCAGAAAGUGGUGGAGACGGACAAGGCCGGCAUGGUCAUCCGCCAGUUCGUCAAGGACAACCUUUAUGACAGGAUCAGCACGCGGCCGUUCCUGAACUCCAUCGAGAAGCGCUGGAUCGCAUUCCAGCUGCUGCACGCGCUCGCAGCGUGUCAUCUUCACGGGAUUUGCCACGGGGACAUCAAGCUUGAGAACAUCAUGGUCACUGGUUGGAACUGGGCGCUGCUCACGGAUUUUGCGAGUUUCAAGCCGACCUACUUGCCAGAGGACAAUCCCGCGGACUUCUCUUACUUCUUCGACACGUCGCGACGAAGGACGUGCUACAUUGCGCCGGAGCGUUUCGUCAAGACUCUCAAUCCGGACUCUAGCCACUUCCUUCCGGAGGAGGGCAUCGGGACGGGGGAAUUGACGCCUGCCAUGGACAUCUUCUCUCUCGGAUGCGUUCUGACAGAGCUCUUCACGGAGGGACACCCGCCCUUCGACUUCUCCCAGCUGCUCUCGUACCGAAGCGGAGAGUACAACCCGUCAAAGAUCCUGGAGAAGAUUGAAGACGUGCAGCUCAGGGAGUUCAUUAGUCACAUGCUGAGGAGGGAUCCUAGUGAGAGACUGUCGGCCGAGGAGUACUUGGAAUCUCAGCGUGAUCGCGUGUUUCCCCAGUACCUGUACACAUUCCUCUACGACUACGUCAAGGAAUUCGCAACCCUGGCCCUGACGCCCGACGAAAAAGUGGCGAGGCUCCGUCAGGACAUCCACGCCAUCCUGUACUCCCUGGUUUCGUCCAAGCACUCCAGGGCGGUCGACCCCUUGGUGGGAUGCGAAGGGGAUCACGAGGAACGGGGUAACCCGGGCUCGGACGGGCUCCUCAUCGUGGUAGCCCUGCUCACGUCCUGUCUGCGCACUCUGAAGCAGCUCUCUGCCAAGCUCCAGGCCUUGGAGCUCAUGAAGGAGCUCACGCUGCACCUGAGCUGCGACAUCAUCCUCGACAGGCUCCUGCCCUACAUGUUGUACCUUGUGAAUGACAAGUACCCCCGCGUUCGAGCCGCCGCAGUUGAAACAUUGACAGCUUGCCUUACCCUGGUCAAGACUGUUCCAAGAAGGUUCGUUGCUAACUCAGUGUCAUGCUUUUUUUUUCUUUCUAACUUGGAUAUGUGUGUUUUUAUGAUUUUCAUUCUUUCCAGCGAUGCCAAUGUUUUCCCAGAAUACAUCCUUCCAAACCUUAUGCAUGUGACCCAAGACAAUGCAGUCAUUGUGAGAAUGGCACUUGCUGAGAACAUUGCAGUUCUUGCUGAAACUGCUCUCAGGUUUCUCGAGAUGACCACGCAGCAUGAAGUUGGCUCUCCCGAUGGCACCAACUCGGAAGUCAAUGCCCAGGCUCAGCAUCAUCACCAUCAAGGCUCGUUUGAAUCCGAGCUGCAAGCACUUCACGAGAUGAUCCAGCAGGCAGUGUCUACGCUGCUCAGCGACUCCAACAACAUUGUGAAGCAGAUGCUGCUGGAGAAGGGUAUCACCCAGCUCUGCGUAUUCUUUGGCAAACAGAAAGCCAACGACAUUCUCCUGUCCCACAUGAUCACGUUUCUCAACGACAAGGAGGACCGUCAUUUGAGGGGCUCCUUUUUCGACAGCAUUGUUGGAGUCUCCGCUUACGUUGGCUGGCAGUGCUCUCCCAUCCUGAAGCCCCUUCUUCAGCAGGGUCUCGCGGAUACCGAAGAAUUUGUGAUCAGCAAGACGCUGAGGGCCAUGACCGAGUUGGCCCAGAUGGGCUUGUUCCGCAAGCAGAUGCUGUACGAGCUCACUGCGGAAACCAUCUCUCUCCUCUACCAUCCUAACAAGUGGAUCCGGCAGUACACGGUGGGCUUUGUGUGUGCCGUCACGGCCUCCCUGUCCCUGGCAGACAUUCAGUGCAAGCUCAAGCCCAUGCUGCAGCCCUACCUCAAGCACCCUGUCAUCGAGGUCGACAAGGAGGUGGUCGUCCUGAGCUCUGUCCAUGAGCCUCUGCCCCGCAUCAUGUUCGACUACCUCAUCAAGCUGCCCAACCUGCCGAACCUCCUGGAGAGCCUUCGCGACCGGCAGGUGCUGCGCUCCAUCGUCAGAGCUGGGCAUCCGCCUUCCUACUCCGAGAUGGACCACACGCUCAAGUCGGUGUAUCGGAGGCUGCAGUCGGAUGGCAUGACAGAAUCGAUGGAGGAUAAAAUCCUUGCCAUGAAAGAACACCUGCUCAAGAUCCAGAAAUAUAAAAGGAGUGCUUCAGAGUCUGGAAAGGCGGACACAAAGCUACGCAGCGGUGAAAUCAACCUGGAGAAGCUUUAUGUCCCCGUGAAGUGCCGAAGCACGGACCUGCUCACAUUGAAGAUGGGAGAUGAGCCCCUGCCCACUCACUUUCAGAACAGGGUGUCAAAAAGGAGAGGCCCCGCCGUUGAGUCUCCGCAGGUGACCAUGAACGAGGACUGGCAGCGCAUGUUUGGAACCGUGGAGGCACGCAGUUCAUCACCUCAGAAGCAGUUGCAGCUCCAGCAACAGCACUCUCCUGCCGGAGACACUGAACUGCACGUCUCCGGAGCAGAAUCUGCCGACUCUGCCGUGCCCUCUAGCAACACGUCCCCCAAGCAGCCACACAGGAGCUUCUGUGGGAUAGCUGUCGACUCAGCGCACAGCCUGUCGUGCCACGCGGAGCUCCAGCUACUGCUGAAGAAGAAGCGCUACGAGUUUGCGCGGGAGCAGACGAUCCGAGAGGCCAGCGACGACCCCUCCAAGGAGGAGAAGGCCCUGCCCUCCAAGUGGAGACCUCGGGGAACACUGGUGGCUCACAUGCACGAGCACCGGGGAGCCAUCCACAGGCUUGAGGUGAUCCCAAACACAAGCCUGUUUGCCACGUGCUCGGCGGACGGCUCCGUCAAGAUCUGGGACUGGGGCCGCAUGGAGAAGAAGACCAUCGCCAACCGGUCUCGGCAGACGUACGCCCGCAUGGAUGGACAGGUGACCUGCAUGUGUGUCUGUCAAGGAAUGCAGUCCUUGGCAAUUGCAUCAGACGCAGGAACAAUCCAGGUUUUCAGGAUCGAGACCGCCAGCACUAAGACGACGGUGAUCAGAUCACGAUCGCUCGACCCCCACGAAGAUGGCUGCGUGGUAGACCUCCAUCAUUUUGACACCGGCAUACAGUCUGUGCUGGCCUACGCAACCGUUUACGGUUCCAUAGUAGGAUGGGACCUACGAUCUCCAAGCACAGCAUGGAACUUGGAGAACAACCCUAGAAAUGGUGUGAUCACAUCGUUCUGCGUGGAUCCCCAGCACAGCUGGCUGGUGUGUGGCACUUCUGAUGGGAAGUUGGUCUGCUGGGAUAUGAGGUUUCAGCUACCCAUCAACACCAUCACCCAUCCCUCCGGCUCCCGGGUGCGGCAGGUGCACGUGGACCCCCAGUACCAGUCCGGGGUCUGGGCCGCAGUGCAGGGCAACAACGAAGUCUCGCUUUGGGACAUGGAGACCGAGGCCCGGCUCAGAACCCUCUGGGCCAGCAGCUAUCCCCCCCUCACCGAAUGCCAGGCCACCCCACACUCCAUCUUCAGCAUGUACCUGAGCCCCGUGGAGUGCGGGCCCUUCAUGCUCACGGGAGGUUCGGACAUGAACAUCCGCUUCUGGGACAUGAACAACCCGCUGUCAUCCUACGUCGUUGCUGGAGCGGCCAUCGACACGCACACACGAGUGGUCAGCUACAGGUCCAGCCUGAUCGAUGGGACGAGAGUGAUCCAAGAAGUGCGCAACAACUACUCCAAGAAGACGUCUGGCACCGAAGAACCACGGCGAUACCCCGAGCAACCCGCGGCAGGCCACAACGACUGCAUCAGUGACCUCGGCGUCAUACAAACAAGCCAGACCUUCGUCGUGUCCGCUUCCAAAAACGGGGUUGUCAAGGUCUGGAAGUGAUGAACUUUGGCCCCCGAGAACAGCCGCAAUGUUUUCUUUUGCAUUUCCUCGGCAAGACUCUGGCGUCGACGGAAUCCACGCGGUAGUAUACUCCGUUCGCCACUAAGCCGACACUCUGGUGGAAGCUACGAGCUCGUUGAACCACUCCAACGUCGAUCUUUCACCAUGUGAUAACUCUCCCAGAAGGGGAAGUGGUUGACUGAUUCAGCGAGUGCAUAGCUCCCGCCACGGUCAGCUUUAGGGUGAACGGAAUAUAGUGACCACUGUGAUAGCUUUCUUGGGAGAGACAGUGAGUGCACACCUCCGAUGAGUCAAAAGGUAACUGGAACCUUUAUUUAAUUUUUCUCCUCUCGCUGGGGAAAAAGAAAACCAACAGUGUACACAGAGACGGCCCCUUCUGUCUUCUCUUCCCCAAACUGCAAUUUUCGACUCCCACUGGCACGUGCAAUGUGUAUGUUCAUUUUCCACAUUUUGUGUGUACAUAAGUCGUAAUAUACUAAACUUGUGACAAUAAAAAAAAAAAGACUGAUA